AUGCCAGGUAAGCCUAUAUUUGGCUUAGAAUCUUCAUGUCCGCAAACGAAAACAACUACCGAAGUACUGGUAGCAGAAGUCCGAGGCAACAAUCCAGGGUCAAACAACAAAAGGCAUUAUCGCUGGAAUAAUAUACAGACGAGCGUGAGAAUAUCAGUGACAAGAGAUUACCCAGCGACGGAUGAGGACUCGAAUGCAGAAAGCGAUUCCGUAAACGAACAACAGUUGGUAGACAAUGGGGACUCUGAAGGCGAUGAAGAUUCGGACUACGAACCUUCUGCAUCGGACAGUGCGGAAUUCUCAGAGGAGAAGGAUCUGACAGGCGAAGAAUUAGCUAGAGGUCAAAAAGAAGUCGCAUGGGAAGUCAAAGGACUGAUUAGCGCCCAGCACACAUUCCUGAACAAUGGAGUAGAGCUGACCAGCUCGAUAGGGAGUUUGGAGGUGGACAAAUAUGCUCAGCCGAACAGGGAGAACUCUCAAGAAGUGAAGGAGAAUCGUCAGAGGAUGACCCAGUAG